GCUCUACGACAGAGAAACAAUGAGAACGCCGCCAGAUUCUUUGCUGCCGGAAUGGCUGGCAUGAUGGUCAUGUUUAUUUUUUUCCACUGGGCCAGAUUCUUGUUCAAACGUUACCAGCUGAGAAGGGGCAGCAGCACCAGCUUUCUGAGAGUGUCUGUUGGAAUUUCAAGGCGUGCCAGGCGCCUUUUGUUGCGCAAGGUACCUGGCUUCACUUCCGUCGGCCAUGCUCUUGUUUUUCUGGGAUAUCUCGCAACCAGCAUAACGGUUACAUUCGUCAAUAUCGACUGGUCUUCACUGAAUAACUGGGCAAAGCGAUUAGGAUGGAUCGCUGCUUCGAAUAUCGCUCUUGUUACCUUCCUCUCAUUGAAGAACACACCUUUGGCAUUCCUGGCAGGCUAUUCGUACGAACGUCUGAAUAUACUUCAUCAAGUUAUCGGCUAUGCAACCGUAACCUACACCUUGAUACAUGCCGUGGUCUAUAUUCAAGCCUGGCACCAAACCCACAGUCUUAAACAGCUUACUGAGCGUAAUCAGGUGAUGGGUAUCGUCGCUGGGUGGGCCAUGCUCAUUAUUCUCGCAACAGCCCUUCUCCUACGAAAACUCAGAUAUGAGGUCUUCUACAUCAUUCACAUAGUGAUGUAUAUACUUAUUUUGAUCACCGUUGGGAUGCACCGUCCACUUAUAUCAACGAGGACACUCGUUAUAAUCAUCUUCACAGCAUCAAUAUGGGUUGCGGACCGCAUCUUAAGAUUCCUGAAGAUCUCUCUGUUCGGUUUGGGAAACACUGCUACGAUAACCCCACUUCCACAUGGUGGUACACGCAUCGUACUUCGCAAAUCAUCACGCUUCGCAGUUCCUGGAUCUCAUUGCUUCCUCUGGAUACCUGGAAUUCGCAUGGCUGAGACUCACCCGUUUACUGUCGUGUCUAGCUCCCCUCUUGAGUUUGUUAUCGCGGCCCGUGAUGGUUUUACCCGCGAUCUCCACGAAUUCGCUCUUAAAAACCCAGGUCGAUCUCUCAGAGCUUCAAUUGAUGGUCCUUAUGGCGCAGCCUUUCAUAUGACCGGCGUCACCAAGGUACUUUUCAUUGCAGGGGGCAGCGGGGCUAGUUUCUCCUUGGGAGUGGCAGUAGAUCUGGUCCGCAAGCUGGGGGAUUCGGGAUCCACUACUGUUGAAAUCAUAUGGGUUGUUAAAGAACAAGAGACCAUCCAGUGGUAUGCCAAUGAGCUUGAGAUACUAAAUUCCACGCCCAUAGUGACCCUACGCCUUCACUACACACGGCAUUCCUCUCCAUCUUCAUUAAACACUCCCAUAUCAUUACCUCUCCCCGAUACAAAAAGGGAUUCUCUCUCGCUCAACGAGACCGCAUUACCCGUUUCAGCGACAGAUUCUGACGAAGGCGACAUCGAGAAGCACCCAGAAAAAGCUUCACACUCCACACCUUCAAUUUUCAUGAAGCCCGGCCGUCCAGAUAUUGCCGCGGUUAUUAGGGAAACGGUGGAUAAGGCAGAUACACACGAUCGAAUAGCAGUAGCGGCCUGUGGACCUGAUAGUCUGAUGGAGGUUACCAGGAAAACGGUCGCUCAAUGCAUAAGACCCGAUGGUCCAAGUUUAGAGUUAUAUUGUGAGCAAUUUGGUUGGUAGAUGGAAGACUUCUCGGAUAUGCACAAUGAAUGGAUGGAUAUUUAUAGAUAAAUAGAUG